AUGUCAAGAACCAUUCUUCUUCUCGAUCUAUUCGACGCGACGCAACCUGGCUCAGAAGAGGAGGAGCAAUGGCGAAUAAGCAGACUUACGGUUUCCCGAUCUUCGCAGCAGACUGGAUCCCUGAGCUGCGAGUCUUUGACGUGGACCUCCCGGAGCUGCAUCGCGUUGGCAGGCGGAGGCGGAGCUGGGGGACACGGGAUACCUAACGUCAUCGUAAUCUGUCGUGCUGAUCUCGAAACCAAUUCUCUAUCGGAACAACCUGUGGGUGGGGUUGUGGUCACUUGUCUUCCAUAUAGAAUGGCUGCUUCAUUGAUGCUUAAGAGAUUGUAUUUGCGUUGUAUUGUGAUUUUGACUUGUUUUAAUUGUCAUCUAUGUUUGAAAGUUGAAAGCUUUACCUUCUGGGUAGUUGAAUCUUAUGAAUAACUAAGUGUCUUGUGUAUUGGGUGCUGGGUGUAUAACGAAAAGGUGGGAGCUUUACACCGUUACUUAAUGUUAAAGCUUUGCUACCUUGUGGUUCCUUCCGUA